AUGGCAAUUUCAAGAGAAGAACGACUGAAACUCGCGACUAUUGAUCCUGAGCUAGACGACUACCUCAAAACAAUAACUAUUCCCCAGAUUGACACUUCUGAUCCAGCGAAGGCAAUUGCGAGUUUGAGAUGGUAUAUGAAAAGCCUACAUAAGCUGCCUGAUCCCGAGAGUGGUGUUGUUGAGCGUGAUAUCUAUUACACUGCAAGAGAUGGCCUCACGUUGCGCGCUCAUGUCUACGAGCCAGCGGAAAGGUCCAAGCCCGCUCCGCCGUUGAUUGUUUACAUUCACAGUGGUGGAUGGACUAUCGGAUCUCCGGAAGAUGCUGAGCGCUCGUGUCGUGAUAUUGUUCAAAGGCUGGGGGUCGUUUGUCUGGCACCAUCAUAUCGACAAGGACCUGAAGACCCGUUUCCGGCUAGUAUCAACGAUGUCUGGGAUGGCUUGAAAUGGAUUGCUGCGAAUGCAGACUCCGAGCUGGAGGUCUCACUGUCGAAGGGGUUCGUCAUUGGUGGUUCAUCAGCCGGAGGAAACAUGGCUGCGAUAGCCAGUCAUCUGGCACGAGAUGAGAACUUGACGCCUGCGAUAACUGGUGUCUUUCUGCUCGCUCCAAUGAUACUGCCACCAGAGAAGAAAGAUGCUCUGCCGGAUAAGUAUAAAGACUUUUACCUGUCUCGGACUCAAGCUGAGUGUAAAGACGACCCUAUUCUCACCCCAGCUUUGGACAAGGUUUUCCAUAACUCUGCGGCUGGGGAUAUGUCCUCGCCGCUCUUUGUUCCGUUUAUCUGGCCAACGGGCCACCACGGCCUACCGAAAACCUAUUUUCAAGUCUGUGGAAUGGAUGUCCUUCGCGACGAGGCUUUGAUCUACGAGCAGGUGCUGCGCGAGGAUAAUGGAAUUGAGACGCGACUGGAUAUUUAUCCAGGUAUGCCUCAUAUCUUCUGGGGUGCUUUCGCACAUUUGAGCCAGGGAAAGAAAGCAACUGUCGAUCUUGUUGAAGGCAUCAAGUGGCUCUUGAAUUGA